AUGGUGCGCGCCGCGGCGAUCACACCUACACACACACACACACAUACGGGCAACCACCUGACCAUCAAACAUCCGGAUUCGAGAUUUGCUGCGUCAGACUCAGAGUAUCGAUGCCGUUCGUCCAAGUUGAAGCUCGAACCUAUCAACGGCAUCCACAACCUCGCAUCCUCCAUACAUAACGCGUCGCUGCAGCCCGCCGCCUUGUUAUACAUCUCCUCUAUGUUCCAGAACAAUGUUAACACCUUCACUCACACCCAAUGCCUCCAGAACCUUAACCCUCCUAUUCAAACAAAUACUUGCACAGAUCCACAUUCUCUACCAUCUUCCCUCCUAGGCCUUUCGCCUUCUUCCACCCGUUCUGCUCCCACCUAUAUAUCCACUCCACCAUGCCCCACUGGCGGCGAGUAG